ACAGUAACACAGGAUCAUCUUUCAGCUGCGCGCCUCAAAAGCGGCACAGCCUGACCACGCCCCUACGCUCCACGGAGCUGUUCUCGCGAUAUCACGUUUUCUCCACGUAAUUUGAUCGCGAACGCUUUUCUCUUUUCUUUCCGCCAUAGUGCAUUGCUGCCUUCGGGCACCAUGGUACGCAUGAAUGUUCUUGCAGAUGCCCUGAAGAGCAUCAACAAUGCAGAGAAACGGGGCAAGCGGCAGGUUCUGCUCCGGCCCUGCUCCAAGGUCAUCGUGCGCUUCCUUACCGUCAUGAUGAAGCAUGGCUACAUUGGCGAGUUUGAGAUUAUUGAUGACCACAGGGCUGGAAAGAUAGUUGUUAAUCUCACUGGCAGAUUGAACAAGUGUGGUGUUAUCAGUCCCCGGUUCGACCUGCAGCUGAAGGACUUGGAGAAGUGGCAGAACAAUCUCUUGCCUUCCCGCCAGUUUGGGUACAUUGUGUUAACAACCUCGGCUGGCAUCAUGGACCAUGAAGAGGCUCGACGGAAACACACUGGAGGGAAAAUUCUUGGCUUUUUCUUCUAAAUGAUUAAAACACACUUGCAAAUAAAUCCGAUUCCACUGGC